UAUAACAAAUUUAAUUUGUGUUUGACCGCAAAAAACUUUUGUCUCAACUGUAUUUUUAUUUGCCUACUAGUUUUGUAAAAUCAUGUUUGAGAAGUGCUGAAGCGUUUGCUUUAAACUGUAUAAUUUGAGUUUUUCCCUAUUUAGGUAAAAAAAUAAUGAUUUGCAAUAAAAGUGGGAAAGCCAAUGAUACAUCUUAGGAUAAUUAACUCCAGGUGUAAUCGGAACUUGUCGUGGACUCCCGACGUCGUUUUUGGUUCUAAAUAAAACUCGUACGUUUCCUACCUCUUAUCGCAUGGUGAAAAUACCCUUCCGAAAUAAUUUGCACUCAAAGAGGAGGUUUUAUGGUGGUGUGGUCUAAAUACUAGACGAUAAACCUGACACGAAAAUGUCGGGCGAUGUUCAACCAAGAAAACGCAAAGAUAAAAAGAGAAAGAAAGAAGAAAGCACCGAACAUGUGCCGUUGCAACCCCAGACACCUUCUGGCGCACAAAACGAAGAUCUUAAUAUUCAUGUACAUAAAGAAGACGGAACAGGUGGUGGCAUUUGCGCGAAAAUAGUCUUCUUUCUACUUUUCUCAGCUCUUGCGGUUCUUAUCGGCUUGAUUAUAACCGAACAUCGCGGAUUAACAGACUUGGAUGUAGUGGAAACCGAAUCCAGGUUUUCACAUUUGUUUGAAGGCUGGGUUGAUAAUAGUUUAAAGCAUGAUGAUCAUGGUGAUGACGAUCAUAUCGUCAGUUCGGUAGAAGAAGAAGAAGAAGAAGAAGAUCACGACGAGGUUUCACACGAAGACGAGGAAGAGGAAGAAGAAGCUGAGGCUUCGGAAGAAGUAACUCAUUCGGAAGAAGAGACGCCCCAAACUGAAGAAGACGAAGAGGAGGAAGAAGAAGAAGCAGAGGAUAACGAAAGCGGGCUAAAAGACGAUGAUGAGGAGGAAGCCGACGAAGAUGAUGAGGAACAGGAUGUUGAAAAAAGCGUAGAAGAGGAGGAGGAUCAAGAGGAUGAAGACGAGGAAGAAGAGGAAAGAGUUGUAUCCGAAGAGAAGGCCAGUGAGGAAGUUAAAGAAGAAGAAGAAGAGGAGGAAGAAGCUGCCGAAGAGCCUGAAGUUGCCGAAGAGAAAGAAGAAGAAGAAGAAGAAGAAGACGCCACCGGAGAUGAGCAGAAUUCUAAAAUGGUUGUAAAGAUUGGCGUCGGCGUGGCUCUUUUGGUAGUAGCCCACGUCGUUCUGGUUAGAAAGUGGAAGUCUGCAAGUCCAUCAACUGAAACGCCCCCAAAAGACGAACUUCCAGAUCUCAGCCGCAGAAACACAAUCGUCGUGCCUCCGAAAUACGAAGAGAUAGAGCAAGACAUUGAAGAAAAUGUCGAAGAAGAAUAUUCGGACGAAGACGGCGAGGUUGAAAGUGAAGAUGAGGAAAAACUGGUUAAAGUCAAGUACCAAGAGUUGCGGACGACUUAUACCAGAUCCCUAACACCGGAGAGCGAACCCGAGGAAACUAAAGAGGAGGAGUAUGAAGAUGAGGAGGAGGAGGAAGAGGAAGAGGUCGAGGACGAAGAAGAUGAGGAAGAAUCGGAGGAAGACGAUGACGAUCUGUUAAAAAGACUGGAAGCCAAGUACGGAAAAUUGCAGCGUGAAGACAAGGAAGAUGAGCAGUUUUCGUCCUGGAAACGUGUGAACGUCCGUGAAGACAAUGAACCUGAAGAAUCCGACUCUGAUAAACAAUCAGACUACGAGUACGAAAACAUAACAAGCAAAGACGACUACGCGAUCAAGGAAAAACUCGACGAGGCUCAGAAAAACAUCCAAAAUAAUACGGCUUAUGCACUUAAGCUUUUUGACGCCCUCCUCCAAAACUAUUCCUCUUCACCCAGAAGUCUCUACGGGAAAGCCCAAGCUCUGGACGUUUUAGCUGAACAGAAACGCAGUAAUGAAUUGUUACAAAAGGCAAUUGAAGCUUACUUGAAAGUCCUGGACCUUGAUCAGGUCCCAGACAUUUUAUUCGAAGCCGCAGCUGAGAGGUGUAUCAAUCGGAUGAGAUUUAUAGGUAACUACAACCGUGCUAUUGAGGUUCAUUACAAGUUAAUUGCUCGGUUUCCGCAAAAAACGCACCAUCGGAAUCAAUUAGUGGUCAGUUUAUUGACAAUAAACCGGGUGAGCAAGGCUCGGGAAAUUCUACAAGAGACACUCUCUAAAAACCCGAACGAUGGUUUCGCUCUAGUCCAUUACGGGUUCAUUCUUAAAACAGUUGAUAAUAACUUGAACGAGUCUAUAAGUUAUCUCGAAAGGGGUUUAUCCACAAAGGGGCCUGGAGUGGUCGAUGGCCGCUUUUACUUCCACCUAGGAGAUGCACUAUCUCGUGUUGGGCGCACUCUAGAUGCCAUGAAAGUGUACGAAGAAGGCGUCCGUAACAAGCUUUUCCUAUCCAAGUACCAACGUUCCCUCUACAACGUGGCACGUCUCAAGGGCCAGCCUUGGUGGAAAAAGGAAGAGACGCCCUACGCGGCCCUUUUCCAAGCGUUGGAAGCCAACUGGAGGCAAAUCCGAGCCGAGGGCGUUUCCGUUUUGAGCAAAGACGGCCACUUCCAAGCCGAAUCGGAAAAUUUGAAAGACACGGGCGAUUGGAAACAGUUCGAGCUGUUCGCAAGGGGGCACAGAAACGCGAACAAUUGCAGAAAGUGCCCCCUUACGUGCAAAAUCAUCGAAAGCGUCCCCGACGCCAAAGGGUGCAGGAGGGGGCAAACCAAGUUCAGUGUGAUGCAUCCGGGCACCCACGUGUGGCCUCACUGUGGACCAACAAACUGUAGGUUGAGAGUACAUUUAGGACUUCAGGUUCCGGCGAACACCUUUAUCCGGGUUGCUGAGAAGACCAGGAGUUGGAAGGAGGGAGAAGUGCUCAUUUUCGACGACAGUUUCGAGCACGAAGUGUGGCACAACGGGACUUCGCUCCGACUUGUCCUAAUUGUGGACGUGUGGCACCCGGACUUAACACCGGGCGAAAAACGGACUCUCUCGCCGAUUUGAUGUAGGUUUUGUACAAAAAUAAAGUUUCAGAAAAA